GACGCCCCCAAACGCACCUUCCGCAUGAUCUGCGGCCACGACUUCAACUCAGCCGACGGCGCCACCGACCUGACGUCUGAGAACGCCACUACCAUGGCCGCCUGCAUCGACCUCUGCGCGUCAAAGGGCGACGACUGCGUCGGCGCGGGUUGGGGCGAUUACUACGGCAACCACGUCUGCUGGAUGAAGAGUAAGCUGGGCACGAUGAACGUCUCGGGGAACUGGUAUUUCGUCGUGGAUGUCAAUAAGACGAGC